AUGCAAAAGCAAGCACAUUCUCACAGAAGUGAGAAUGAGCGAGAAAUUGCCGACAGAGGCCGUGCGCUCUUCGAGCAGCUGGCAGGUGACAAGCUGAAACCUGACUUCGCGACCUACUCCGCCAUGAUUCGAGGCCUAUGCAACAUCGGCAAGGUGGAGGAGGCACUGACCUUUGUGGAUCGUAUGCGAUGCGACAGAAUGUGUUUGGAUGCUAUGUUGUUUGAUGCUUUGUUGGAGGCGUGCGUCCACCAGCACUACUUCAAGGGAGCGGAGCAACUUCUGGCCCAGAUGAGGGAGCUUGGCGUGCAGCCCUCAAACUCAACGCUGGCAGCUUGUAUCCGGCUGUAUUCUUCACGCGGUGAGCUGCAGCGUGCCGUGUCCACGUUCGAGGGCAUGCUGCGCGAAUAUCACCUGCAGCCGAAUGCAUAUGUGUACGGAGCUCUCAUUGCUGCUUGCGUUCGAUGUGGUAAACCUGACUUGGCAUUGUCUACCUACGAAGGGAUGUCUGCCAUGGGAUGUUUACCGAGCGCCCGGGCUUAUGAGCUCCUCAUCCAGUGCUGCAUUCAGCUUGGCUUGACAGCCCAGGCUGUGGACCUGUUGGAUGCGGCGCUGGGGCUUCGCACUGCGGGCAUCGCAGCCCGGCCCGUGACAAGGACCCGUGCCUUCAUCGACCCGAAGGUGGUGGAGGACCUCCUCCUUCUGCUCGCACGUCGAAAGCAGGUUUCGAGUCUGGGAGCUCCUCUCCUGAAACGUCUUGAAGAAGCCGAUUUCGACAUUCCCGAGCGGGUGGCUGGCCUGGCUGCUGCUGCAAUGGGACAAAAGGAGGCACCCGCCUUGGGAUCAGAGGCUUCCACUCCCAGACGCUUGGUGCGCUGCGAGCGCCGGCGCGACUUUGAUCAGUGGCGCAACUUUGCGGGGGUGUGA